UCGGGGGGGAACAUUUGCAGUCAGUCUGGUCAGUCGUCCAAGUCAUGUCGUAGCGAGAAUCACGCGAGAUCUCCAGAUGCAACGGUCCAUCAAGUUCGGCGACGCAUACGCACGCAACCUGUCAAAAUUGAACGCAGCGUUCUCCAAGGAGCGUCGCACCAUUCGGUACCUCUACGUCCGUUCCUCUGUGACGCCACGGAAGCCACACUACAGAUGAAUUGAUGAUUUCGAUCAAACUCCGAUUAAAUUGAUUUACGAUUAAUUUAUCAAGUAAUUCAACGAACUUACGGGCCCGUUUGAAAAUCAAAGUUUAUUUAGAAUUAGCUAUCACAUAGUAUAUACCUGAAUAAUCCUAAGCACCGAAAAUGAGGAUCAUAUUCAUAAAAUUCCGUGAGAUCUCGCAAAAGUAUCCUAUUAUUCGAGGUAUGGCGUCCUACUCGAUUAUAUGGCCAACUGGAAAUUUUUUGCAACACAAGAUAAUGGGCAAGGAAGAAUUUAAUUACAUGGAAGCUGUGCGAUUCAGUCUAUACGGUGGUCUUUAUGUAGCGCCUACACUAUAUUGCUGGCUGAAAUGCGCAUCUCACUUCUGGCCGAAAGCGGAUUUAAAAUCUGCGAUCAUUAAGGCUUUGAUUGAACAAGUUACAUAUGGUCCUGCAGCUAUGUGUUCCUUCUUCUUUGGCAUGAGUCUUCUUGAAUUAAAGCCAGUUUCGGAAUGCAUUGACGAGGUCAAAAUUAAAUUUUGGCCAACAUACAAGAUUGCUAUUUGCGUAUGGCCAAUUCUCCAAACCAUCAAUUUCAUUCUAAUUCCAGAGCGAAAUCGUGUAGUAUACGUCAGUAUAUGUAGUUUGAUCUGGACAUGUUUCCUUGCAUAUAUGAAAUCUCUUGAAGCUAAACAAAAGGAGUCGAUUAGCAUUACCAAUAUUAAUCCCAAGAUAAUAUCAGAAAGUAAAGCGCAAACCAACGAAAGAGCCAAUCAUAUGCAGAUUCCUCUAUUACGAUAAAAGUUUUAGGAAACUGACAUGCCAUUAGAUUAUUUAUUUGUACAUACUUGCAAUUGGAAGCAAUAUUUAUACUUUAUGAUGCAAUUCACAUAUGAUUAUCUGUGAUAUUCACGAUACAAAACUAUUACCUACAUUUGCAGGAAAAUGUAUUAUUAUACAU